AUGAACGGUCCGCAGGCGUCCGCCACAAACGGCGCCCAUCCAAGCCAGCAGUCGCAGCCACGUCAAAACGGCACUGGGCCGACACCGCAGCCGCCCGCCUCAUCACAGCAGGCCCAGCAACAACCUUCGCAGCAACCUGGGCAACAGUCGCGGCCAGCAUGGCCGUGGUCCCAGCGUCGGCUGAAUCUCCCCCCUCCGCAGGUCCUGCCCAAACCAGGGGUAGCUCCCCCAACGUCGCCGUCGCCAUCACCCUUCCCUAGGUACGGUCAUGCCAUGCCAAUGACACCUACGAACUCCGGAGAUCUGUAUCUAUUCGGAGGGCUCGUCCGAGAGACUGUACGAAACGAUCUGUAUCUGUUUUCCGCUCGCGAUCUCUCGGCGACGUUACUUCAGACGGGGGGCGAAGUACCGUCCCCCCGAGUCGGACAUGCAUCUGCCCUUGUCAGUAAUGUCCUUAUCGUGUGGGGAGGGGAUACCAAGACGGACGGCAAAGCGAGGCCCAACGAUAAGCUGGAUGAUGGGUUAUACUUGUUGAAUCUCGUUUCUCGAGAAUGGACUCGCGUAGGCGUCCAGGGUCCUAGUCCCGUAGGACGGUACGGGCAUGCUGUUACGAUGGUGGGCUCCAAAUUCUUUGUAUUUGGAGGUCAGGUCGACGGCCAAUUUCUCAACGACUUAUGGGCUUUUGACCUUAAUUCUCUGAGGUCGAAGGCUACAUGGGAGCUUUAUGAGCCGACAUCUGGUCCUAAGCCAGCUCACCGAACUGGUCACGUCUGUAUCACAUACGGUGACCGCGUGCUCGUCUUCGGCGGUACUGACGGGCAGUAUCACUACAACGACACUUGGGAAUUUAAUCUCGCCACUCGAAGAUGGACCGAGCUCCAGUGUAUCGGUUAUACACCCGCGCCCCGUGAAGGCCAUGCUGCUGCGCUGGUCGAUGAUGUGAUGUAUGUGUUCGGGGGACGGGGUGUUGAUGGCAAAGAUUUGGGUGACCUGGCAGCAUUCAAGAUCACCAACAACCGAUGGUUUAUGUUCCAGAACAUGGGCCCGUCUCCCAGCGGCCGAUCUGGGCAUGCCAUGGCAUCCAUGGGCACCAGAGUUUUUGUUCUGGGAGGCGAAUCUUACGCUCCUUCAAAACCAGAGGAUUCCACUCUCAUUCAUGUCCUCGAUACAAAACACAUCAAGUACCCAGAUCCCAGCAGCAAGCCCCCUCCAGCAAAUGGUGCAGCAAUUACAGGCAGAAAGUCGUCCAUCGGUGGACCACAAGCGCCUGGUGGCCCGGCGUCCUCUUCGCCCCAUCCAAGCUCGAUCAUCAAUGGCACUCGCUCCAUGUCUCCUUCCGUCCAAGGACAAGACUCUAAUGAAGAGUUACGCCGUGCCAUGUCUCCUCCAGGUGGCAGACCAGGCGUAAAACCGAUGAACGGCACAGCGCAAUCACCCUUCCCGAGUAGUGCCAAAGGAAAGGCGCCUAUGCGACCCAGGCGGGAUGACGAAGAGGGCCUCACUGAUGACGGUCACGAUGCUGCUACGUCAGAAUCCGUUAUCAGAGAGAGAGCUGCGUCCCCCGAGCAAGGGCAGACACGAGCGAAGAGCCCGACAUCUCACCCCAGUCGCGCGGUCUCCCCUGCCGGCCAACCCGAUUCUUAUGCAGUUCAGCAGCCAGUGAAUAUGGCCAGUGUGACCUUGGCUAAGAAUGGACUAGCUGGUAGGAGUCCCUCGCCCGUCGUGGAUCGCAGCAAGGCCCCACCCGACGCCUUCUAUAACCCUGCUUCAGGAACGCCAACAACACCUAAUGGAUACGGUCAUGUCAAAGCCGGACCCGGUUCUACAGGUAAUAUUACGGCAGACCUGAUCAGAGACCUGAAGGCGAAGGAAGCCGAGAUGGACACGAUGAAGAAGCGAGAGGCGUGGAUGAAAGCGAUCCUCAACCAAGCCUCGCGUUCUGGGUUCGUGUACUCAGACAUGGACUCGAAAGAUGUCACAGAAUUGGACACCAAUGGCUCAGCUCAAGAUAUAGAAGGGGAUAAGAUUGCUGACAUGGUCCUGAGCUUCAAGCAGCUGAAGGCUAAGAUGCAGUCUAUGCUUGCUACACAAGCUCGGGAUGCUUCCGAACGUGUGUCUGAGGCCUUGAAGAUGCAGUCCAGCGCUGUGCAAGAGGCUGCGUAUUAUAGGGCCAAACUCUCUGCUUAUGAGUCUGGUUCGGAAGGAGACAUUGCUCGUUUGGAACGCGAGAGGGUCCUCGAACUGGAACGGCAAUUGUCGAGCAUGGCAUCUCUGGCAGCAGAGAAGGACCGUAAAAUUGCCGAACUUGGCGACUCUCUAUCUUUACAGACUACUUUGCUGGAGCAGGCCGAAGCUCGGGCUGCCGAUUCUUCGAAGCGGGCCGAGAUGGUCGAGGAAGCCCACGAGAGGACGGUACGGGAGCAUAUGUCUCUGCAGGAGAAGGCGGUCGCGCUUGAGGCUACUGUCCGAGAUCAUGCUGAUCAGCUUCUCACUCAUAAAUCUGCGUUGGAGCAGAAGGAAGCCGAGCGUGCUCGUUUGGAAGCCAUGGUUGAAGAGCUGACACAUACUCGGGAUCAACACGUUCGCGUUCUGGAUCAAACUCGUGCUGCUUUGGAGGCCGCCUCGGCCCGGUCAGAUGAAGUGGAUGCUCAACAUCAACGGACUCGGGAACACCUCAAUCAAGUGGAGGCCGAUCUCAUCGAUCUCCGCGGGGAACUGGAAGCUCGUACCUCUGAAGUCGAAUCCCUCAGGGCAAGGCUAGUAGAGACAGAAAACUCAUGGGCCAAGUCACGCGAAGAGGCCGAUGCCUUCCGAGCGCUCACUACUGGUAGUAUUGGAGAAAUACUGGACUCGCAUCGCGAUCUAAGGGCUGACGAGGAUCGUAUGACUCGCGGUCACGCCGAUAAGGUACAUGCUCUGGAGGAAGAGAAUCGCUCGUUGCGCGGAGUGUUGAACGACUCUACGCAGCGCCUCGACGACGCGCAAAAGGAACUUCGCGAGGAACGUCGACGACUUCGAGACAUUGAAGCUGACAGGAUGGCCUUGCGAGCUCAGGUGGUCGGUCUGCGCGCACAAUUAUCCAACGCGCUGGCCGACAGUGGCCGAAUGCGAAAGGAUCUCAUUGCCAAAGAGUCGGAACUCAGACAAAAGACGAAGGAGGCGGCCGAUGCCGAUAUACGGCUUGGUACUCUGCGCAACUAUCUUGCAGAGAAUGGUAUCAUUGCCGAGGAGGAUAACAGUGAAGGUCUUUCUCGUCUUGAGGAGCUGGAGAACAAGUUAGAAGAGACGGCCCGGCUGCAUGAGCAGGCAGAAAGGGAGCUGGACGUGAUUUCAAGACAAAAGCGAGAUGCAGAAGCUCAAGCAAAUGAGCUCAGUAUAGAGCUGACUAGGAUCCGCUCAACGCAGAGUCCUUCGAACCAGAAGGUGGAUCCAGCCGCAGUUCUGCGUGCUAAUGAGCUUGAGCGGCGUCUGGAAGAGACUGAACGAGGAUAUAAGUCGCGCUUACAGCAGCUUGAAGAAGAUUACCAGCUUGCCGUCCACUAUGUGAAAGGGACUGAGAAAAUGAUGCGCAAGAUGAAGGACGAGUUAACAAAGCAGAAAACCCUCAAUUCAAACCUGCAGGCGGAGCUGGAUGCGACGCGUGGAUAUGAUGCGGGCUCUAGGCUCCGUGGUAUGAACGGACGCGGCACUCCUUCGUCUGACGAUGGACACGAGGCAAUGCGUGGCCAACUCGUGGAAGCUCAGCGUCAGGUGCAACGUCUAACCAGCGACAAUAGGGAUCUCCGCUUACGGUUAGACUCCCUCGAGCAAGAUCUUGAACGCCUCCGAGACAAUCUGGUUGCUUCUCAGAGGGAGUCAGACGACCGGUUGGCCAGGAUAGAAGAAUUGGAGCAGGAAAUCGAGAGACUUCAAGCAUCCUUGGUCGUCGCUCGCGGAGGCAACGACGAGACACUCCUUGAACAGCUCAGCAGGGAGAAUACCGACCUCAAACGAGAGAACGAGCAGUUAUCGCACAAGAUAGGGCUUCUCCUAGAAGUAGAUCAGCCUGCGUUCGGCCAAGCUCGUCCUCUAUCUGGUAUAUCCGCUCGUCGUGCCAGCAGUUCCAGCUCGGAAGCCGCCCUAGCGUUUGAGCAUCUUUCGAACGAACUGGAUGAUUGGCAGCGACAAUUAGCCAGCUCUAUGAGCAAUCGCAGGCCGCUCAGUGAUUUCGACUCUGAUCCCAUAAGAGGGCACGAACGGACUCGGUCCAGGUCAUAG